CGUAGAAAAGCGUACCGUAUUUUUCCAUUUUCUGUUCAGUGUUCAUCAAGUUUAUGAUUUGAAUGUUUUCUGUAGAAAGUGAUAAUAGUUUAUUCAUGAAACCAAGGACAAUAAUUGUUCAUUCGCAAUACUCCUUAUUCUAGGUUGUUGUAAUUUUUGUUCCCUUUUGUACCUAGUUUUCUUGAGGUGAGAGGAUUCUAACCUCAAUUAGGUCUACGAUGGCUAAGAAGGAUGAUAGGGAAAUUGAGGCCAGCGAAGUUGCAAUUAUCAGAGAAGUCUACGACAACGAACAUUCUCCCGAUGCUUUUGGUGAGGAACUGGACAGAGCUUUGGAGAAUGGUUUUAGAAUUAUCAUAGUUGAGCCCACCAGACUAGGGGAUGAAACUUCAAGAUGGAUUGCCGUCGGUAAUUUCCUGCAUAAGAGCGCUGCUAUUUCGGGGGUGGCUGCUAUUAUAGCUGCAGGUAUCCUAUGGCCCAAGAAACCGAUAACCUACGCACCACUGGGCAUCUUCUCGUUCCUGUGCACCGGUGUCUACAUGGUCUCCUGGCAGACCGACCCAUGCUGCCAGUAUCAGGUGAAUCGGAGUGCCGAGCUACUAGCCAAGAUGCCCGUCUACGGAGUUCUCACGUCAUCGUCGCCCGUCGUUCUAGUGCGCAAGAGCGACUUCCGUCGCAGGAUACUGCAUUCGGCCGUUACGCUCACAUCCACUGUCUUCUGCCUCUGGCGGCUGUAUGUUGUCUACAAGUAAACUAAGUCAUCUAGUGAGGUUGAACUGUGUUAACGGUAAUUCAAGGGAGAUCUAGCUUAAACUAUGUUAAAUGUAAUUAAAGUUAACAUAGUUCAAGAGAGAUCUAGCUUAAACUAUGUUAAAUGAAAUUAAAGUUAACAUAGUUCAAGAGAGAUCUAGCUUAAACUAUGUUAAAUGUAAUUAAAGUU